UCAAAAAGGGAAUAGAGAGCCUGCAUGAAAGGGUGCACGGGGUUCACAAUAAGAUAGAAAGAAUGGAAAGCGCGCUAUAAGUAAUGCAGGCGCAAGUAUCCCGACCCACCCUCCCGCCUCAAGAAGCCGUGGUCCCGGCAGCUGUAGCAAACCGGGGAUUUGGCAGGAGGGACCCGGCCAACGAACAAUGCAAGUAUUGCACCAUGAUUGGGCAUUUCGUACGGGCCUGUCCGAGACUCAAUCAUGAUAUCGAGCGGCAGAGGUGCAGCAGGUCCCUCAAAGGCGAGAUCCUCGGACCCAGGGGAGAGCGUGUCAAUUGGAACUCGCCAGGAGGGAUGCGUCGAGCCGUCCUCCUCCUGAAUAACUUAGAAAUAGCUGCCGUAGAAGCAGAGCCGAUAGCCGAGAUUGUCUGGGACCUGCCAAGGGGACGGGGACCACAGGCCAAUUUUAUCCUAGAAGGCAAUAAGCAGGAUAGGGUAAAUAUCACUACCCGACGGGCUGGCGCGGAAAAGAAGCUCAUCCGAGACACAGUAAUGGAAGAAGCCGCAGGGGCUAGUGUGGAUCAGGAGGAAGCGGAGGCCGGGGAACAGGAGAAGGAUUUCGCAACGAUCACGAGGUGCACAGUAAACAAGGAAGUAGCAGGGAGUAUCAGGGGAGCAGGCGGAGAAAUUCCCUUCACUGGGUAUGUUACCAAAUGCGCGGUCAGGGCAGGAAUUCGGGAAUCCAUCUGGUCUUUCCAACGGAUGACCGUCAUGGAAGAAAUGGACCAUGACAUAAUCCUCGGGAGACCAUGGUGCGCCAAUGUAGAAAUGAUUGGCAUGCACCUGCAUGAUGGCACAUAUAUGGUAGACAUAGAGGAUCCGGUGACUGGUCGCGAAGAACUUCUCCGACUCCUCGGAACUGGAGGGGACCCUCCCAAGGGUAAGUUAGCAACCUGGUCGCCGACGUUUGAAGAAAGCGCGCGGAAAGGCGCAUUCGCACGGAUGCAAGGCAUGAGAGAAAGAGUAGAAAUCAUGAUUGAGGAAGUCUUUAGCAAGAAGGAGUGGAUCAAGAUGGGUCUACCCCUGAAGAAGAGGAGGCAAGAGGACGAGGGCCUGGAAGUUAUGGUGGCAGAAAAAGAGUCGGAAGUCGAGCUUGGGGCCAGCUUGCCCAAACCAAAGGAAGGACGGAACGAAACGUCAGAGGUGGUGCUUGAAAUCCCAAAUUUGCUACAGCUCGUUAAGGCCAUCAGGUGGUUCGUGUUCAGGAAGCCCGAUAAGACGCUCAGGUGGAUCCAGGACCUGCAGAAGCUCAAUGCGGUAACAAUUAGGGACACAGGCUCGCUUCCACAAACCGACUUGUUGGCAGAGUCUCAUGCGGGGCGGAGCAUUUACUCUCUGGUUGACUUGUACUCAGGAUAUGAUCAGUUGCCACUCGACGCGAGGGAUAGACCGUACACCGCAAUGCACACCCCCGUAGGACAGUUGCAGAUGCAAGUGACCCCUAUGGAUUUCACAAAUGUGGUAGCAGAGGCGCAGAGGAGGAUGCUCGUCGUCACAGGGGAUAUGUUUCCAGAGAAGUGUGAACCGUAUAUAGAUGAUAAUCUCGUAAAAGGCGCAAGGCACAAGGACGAGACAGAGGUCGAGCCGGGUAUGGGCUUCAUAUGGCAAUUCGACUACAAGGUCGAGCGAAUUGCAGGGCUUCGAAAUAGGCCAGAUGGGCUGAGCAGGGUAUGCAUCACGCCAGAAGGAGUAGCGGACGCGGAACCAAUUGACGCCUUCCUGGAGUAUGAAGGAGGGACCCUUGCUGUGGAUAAUGAGAUGGCAGAUCCAGCAAUUACAACAGGCCAGUUGCUGAUUCAGAUCUUGGAAAAGGGGGCACCUGCAGUAGUUGCAGAACUCAGGGAAGGACCAGUCACCACGGUCAGGCGCAAAGAGGAAAAGGACUCCUGGGGAGCAGAAGUUGGGGCCAGAGAGGAACUGAUGGCAAUGAUUGUGGAAGGGGGACAGGACGCCAUGAUGACGUUGGCCAAAACCUGGGCGCCGAAGGAAUGCCAGUACCUAGUCAACCAGACCCGGGAAGAGCAGGAUACGGAACGGAAGGAACAAGAGUUCUUCCUCAUACAAAUGUAUGAGGGUGUCUUUAGAGAAAUCAGUCUGCUGCUUGUAAGGAACAAACAACCCUCGGAAGUCAGCUCCAAGGCAAGGGAGGAAGCUGAGAUGUAUGUCUUAAGAAAUGGCCACCUGUUUAAGAAAGAGGAAGGGAUGACGCCUAGGCGAGUCGUUUGUGGGAGGUCUACGCAGCUGGACGUCAUUCAGGCAAUGCGUGAUGGGCUAGCUGGAGGUCACCGAUCGUCAAAGGGGACACUUGCAAAGAUCGUGCCCCUGUAUUUCUGGCCAGGAAUGGCAGGUAUGGUCGCAACGUACUGUCAAACGUGUCUGAUAUGUCAAGAGAGGAGCUCCGUACGGGCUUACGAGCCCCUUACGCCCACUCGGGUACUGGGACCCGGACACCUUGUUCGCCUCGAUCUUGCGGUUAUGCCCGUAUCGACGGAUGGGUUUAGAUACAUCUUGGAUGCAAGGGAUAACCUCAGUGGCUAUGUAGAGGCCGUAGCUCUCAAGAGGAAGACAGGAAAACCAGUGGCCGAUUGGGUGGAAGACUUCUACCUAAGACCACCCCUUCGUGCUCAAGUUUAUAGCAGAUAAUGGGACAGAGGUCGUUAACCAGGAGGUGUCGAACAGGCUUAAGAUAUUGUGCGUACCAAUCAAGAUUACUGAGCCCU